AUGGCGGCAUCAGCAAGCACUAUGAAACAGGAUGUGUGGGGGGAGCAGGCUGGCGAACAUCUGGUAUGUUCCAUUGACGUUCUGAAAAGCCAGCACCAGGAACUCCUGGUACGGCUGAGCAACCAGGAUGACAUGCUGUCACGGCUUCUCGAGCGACCAGUGCUUGCACUUCCACGAACUCGUACAGGCGUGUCCGAAAGAUCAAGGACGUCGCGUGAUGGUGUUGUUCGGCAUACUCGGCAGUAUGAAGAUGAUCAAGCUGACCCUGAGGGCGACGCGGUAGACAAGGCCGACUCCGUGUCCCCAAGCCAAACCGACAUGUCGUCACUGCGGCCGAAUAUUUUCGUCUCAUACACACAAACAGAUUUGGAGCAUAAGCAGCAGGCUUUGCAUGUGGGAUCGAAGAGUGAGAGGAGACGGUUCGCGUCUCUUCGGAACUCCCGAGCCUUCCAGGGCAGCGAGAGGAGAAUCUGGAAGGCUUUGGUGCAGCAUCCGUCCUUCGAGGUGUUUUUCGGAAUGGUAGUGCUGACCAAUGCAGUUUUCAUUGGUGUUGAUGUGGAGCAAAGCCUCGGGUCCUCGUCAACACCAGUGGCGUUCCAAGUCUUGCAGUAUGCAUAUGCUUUUCUGUUCACUUUGGAGUUCGUUGCGCGUUUGAUGGCCUUUGGGCUGAACCUUUUCCUGUCUGAUGAUGCACUGUGGAGCCUUCUGGACGCCGUCGUCGUACUUAGUUCACUUUGGGAUAUUGGUGUCGACAUUGUGGCGGCUUCACGGGCAGGAACCGAGGAUGCUGGCGGCUUUGCUGGUGUCUCCAGCCUCAAAGCCUUCCGCGUUGUGCGCAUCACAAGGAUUGUGAAGGCUAUCCGGCUGAUGAAGAUCUUCCGCUUCGUCAUGGCUCUACGUACGCUGGUCACAUCCAUCUUCCACACACUCAAGUCUUUGUUCUGGGCCCUGAUUCUCCUGGCUAUCAUCGUCUACUGUUUCGCGAUUCUCUUUGUUCAGGCGGUCAACGACUACCGGAGUGAUGUGGCGAAUCAUCCACUCAGUCACGAGAUGGUCAGCGGGAGUGACCGGUUCUUCAAGAAUCUGCCAGACACCAUGCUGAGCCUCUUUAUGAGCAUCGGUGGUGGUGUCAGCUGGGAAGAAGUUCUGGUCCCCCUGAGGGGCAUGUCCGCUAUUUGGGUAUGGUGCUUCCUCUUCUACAUAUCUUUUACAUAUUUUGCUGUAUUGAACGUCGUCACUGGCGUGUUCUGCCAGUCAGCAAUCGAGUCUGCCCAGAAUGAUCAUACGGCGGUGGUCCAGUCCAUUCUCGCUGACAAGCAAGCCCACCUCCAAAAGAUCCGGGACCUUUUCGGUAAGCUUGGAGACCAAGACGGGGUCAUAACCUACACAAUGUUUGAAGAGAAGAUCAACUCGCCAGCAGUCCGUGAAUAUUUCGAGUCGUUAGGUUUAGAUGUAUGGGAUGCUUGGACUUUCUUUAAGCUGUUGGAUCAGGACGCAGGAGAUCACGAGAGCUGUAGUCAAGUCACAGACUUGGCCUCGGAAGGCCCGGCCUGGUCCGAUAACUUGGACCAUCAUUGCGGCGAACUGUCAGCAGUGGCCUGGCCCGACAGGUUCUAUUACAUCCGGUUUGACAGCUGGCGCUCGGACUGGUCAGAGCGCACUUGCAUCGGCAUCGGAAAGCUUUUCGGCCUCGCUUUGCGCAACAUCCCAGACCCCCCGCCCCCGGACCAACCGCCGAUGGUUUUGGCCGGGGCACUGCCAAAGCCAACGUUUGGUCAGCUUUCGCCUACUAUGCCACCGACGUACACCAUGAUGCCGACUAUCCCGGACCCGCCCAAAUGGGGUGAGCCGCCCACCUCCGGCCCGGCGCCGGCCAAAAUGUCCAAGGAGCAGAUGCAGAGGAUGCUCGACCCUGUGAAGCGUUUCCUUCUCCGGCCGGACCAGGUCUGCCAGCAGCUGUUCGUUGCGAUUGGUGCGACCACACGGGUAGAAGGACUGCUACGCAACUCCUUCAAGACCUCGUUUCGCGUGCCUUCCGCCGGCAUGGCUCUUCCGACGAAGGGUGACCUCAUGCUUCAGGCCAUGCAGCAGGCAGCAGAUUUCCGAAAGACGGCAACACAGCAGAAAGAGGCCGAAGUGGCAAAGGCGAAGGCGGGCUUGAAAGAAGCAGCGGCAGACUUGAUCAAGCCGGCCCAGGCCCAGCCGGCUUCUGCAGUGGAACUGGGGUUGCUGCCGCACUCCUCAGACUACAACCCGAAGGCCGGAUACUUCGAAAGUGAAGAGCAAGUAGACCCGUCACCAUUGGCGCGAGCUUGCUCCGCAUGCAUCGUUAGGUCCCUGCGAGAUGCCAGAGUUCAGAUGACAUGUCUGCUAAGUUGCAUCAGAGCUCUUGAAACGGCCCUGCGAUCCCGUGAACUGCGGCAGGUUUGGAGCUGCUGUCAGGCAGGCUGUUUGGAGUAUUUGGUUCGAUUUCUGGAUGCAGAGGUGUACCAUCAGAUUGAUCAGAGCCAGGAGAUGGCGCAAAUCAACCCAGCCGAUCUCAAUGCCAUCGGGGAGCUCUAUGUCCCCGUGGAGCACAUCUGCGACGGAUACCAGGAGCAGUGGGACAACUGCCCAGGCCUCGAGCCCUGCGGGCCUUGUGAGCCACGAGACUGCACCAUGGGACCUUGGAGCCCAUGGCAGCUCCAAGGGGGCUGCACAGGACUACAACUCCGGCACCGCGAAGUCGAGGUGACGGCGAACCACUGUGGCCAGCCCUGCAACGAGGCCCUCACGGAGACAGCUGCAUACGUCUUGGACGAAUGCAAACCCAAAGGCCAAGACUGCAAGUUCUCCACCUGGCAAGAGUGGAGUGAAUGCAAGAACAAGAAG